AUGGAGCUACUUAAAACUGUAGGUAAUAAAAACGGUCAGUUUUGAAGUUAAAUGAAAGUAUGCUGUUUAGAAGCAGAAGCAUAUGCUUCUGUUAGAAGUUAAUGAUCCAGGGGAGAGCCACACAUAAUUGUUGGAAAUAUGAUUCUCACAAAACAGAUACGUUUAGAUCUAACAACUACGACCUUUUUUGUACAGAUUAAUGAUUACGGAAAGUGGGAAGCAAGUUUACAAAUCAGUAUUAAGCCACAGCAAAUAGUUUUAACUUUUGUUUCGCGAAACGGUAAAUUUAAUGAAGGAGUAAAUAAAUUCUGCACUAUACGUUUCUGUUUGCCUAGUGUUUACCAUGUGGUUGGCUUAUUUUGGGUAAACUGAGUCAAUUCAAUUAAACCUUUCCAGCAAAAAGCCUGAUUCUCAAUACUAUAUUGAUUCUCAAUAUAUGAGCAUUUGACAUUUAUCCACCUGCUGUUAACGUACUCCCUUCUUGCUAUAUAACAAUAUAAGACUAGUAUAACUGGCCAUUUUAUAUUUAUUAUUAUAAUUGUUGUUGUUGUUAUUGUUAUAUUUUUGUUUUUUCUAAGGACUGGGAUGACUUGGAAAAUAGUUUUAACUAGAAGGCGGAUGAUUAAUUUGAAAAUCAAAAUAUCGUACUAUAGGAAAAGUGAACUAACUAAGCUCAAGUACAGGGAUAAGGGGUAACCAAACAUCCCUCUACCUAAGCUUACCUAAAUGGUGCAGACUUAAAACUUAAUUAUAUCUUGCGGUUUUGGAGCAACAAAGAGAAAGUUGAGCUGAUUCGAAUGGAGGCUUAUAACAAAAUGGAGCAUGUAAAAAUAUAUUUAUGGACAAUUUCAGCGAGUAAUUAAGAAAUUGAAUUAAAAAUCCAUCCGCCAAUUGACGUAUGUAAAUCGUGUUUAUCUUCUUAUUUAAUGCAAUGCUUAACUUAACCGUUAAAAUACGUCGAAGGAUUUUCCAUGUCUAUCGGUAAACUCUCAGUUAUAUAUUAGAAAGUAACCUGAUUUUAUGAUGCCGAAAAAGAGAAUGAAAUCACGCUUUUGGUAAAAAAUGUAUGUCAAAAAAGAAUUAAGGGAAAAAAAAAGAGAAUGACCCCGUAUUAUUCUUCAGAGUUAGCUUGCCAGAAGCAAAAACUGGACUGUCUUAUAAGUCCUUUACAACUGGGUUCCUCUUUCUUCCCUUUGUUUUAUGACAUUUUUGUUUCUGGAACCCAAACUCAGGGUUACAAGCUCGUCGUGAAACAUGUUUCUCAUUGGUAUAUCAAACAUAUUAAUUCCACUUGCGGAUAUUUUUUUCAAGCUUCGACGGGCCUAUGCAGCCUUGUAUUGUGGCCCUAUAGUUAGUCAAUCAUUCUUGAUAAAAAUUGACGCAUGAAAAAUUGCGUGAAAGUACUAAUUCAGGGGCGGAUCCAGGAUUUUUUUAGGAGGGGGUGCACUCGUCUCUUGCUGUACUUCAACACCAGUAAACCACAUAGUUUUUUUUGCAGAAUACAAGUUGUAUUAGAAAACCGCAGGUCAUCUCGGGGGGUGGGGUGCGCACCCCCUGCACCCUCCCCCUAGAUCCGCCCCUGAAAUUUAUGUGUAGAAAUUUUGAACAGUAAGAACUUUGUCACGUGCUACAAAUCUCGCCAGUAUCCUGUCUGAAUGACUCAGAGACCCCAAAAAAGGAGACUUAGGGAGUUAAAAUCCAACAAAUUUCCGGGGGAGGGAGGUUCCCGGACAUCCUAGAAGCUUGCGCUUUCAGCGCUCGUUUAGGAAAUAGGUCAGUACUUAUCUUACAUCCGCGCCUGAUAAAGGUCGACCUGUGUAGGAGGUUUUUCUAAGAGAUCCUUCUAAAUGGAUCUUGUAGAAAUAGAAAAAAAUAGCGAUUGAUUUCACAUUCAACUGGUAAUCUUACUGUCACUUCAAGAUAUAAUAUGAAAGGGGUACAAUUAAUUUUAAGAACAACUUAGUAGAAAGUGAUUCGGGGGUCUCCAUGACCAUUAAAAUGUAAUGUGUAGGCUACAUGUUGAUGUAUUAACAAUAAGCCACAAUGCAGCUAUAACUUAUACGUAAUUUUCGUAUACAUAUUGUGUCAUUAUGCACAUUAAGAUCGCUUGCAUGUCUUCUCAAAGUAGAGGUUUUUGUAUUUACUUCUUUGUAUUGUAAAGAAUGAAAUAUAGUAGUUUAUAAUGAAUAUUUUCAACUGAUAUUGUGAUUUUGUUCAAUAAAUCAAGGAAACGUCCAAGUAAUUCUCCUGUCAUCAUACAGAUCUGCUGUCAUGAACGAUUAACCAAUUUCAUUAAAUAUUUUGUUUUUUGAAAUAUGUUUUGUAAAAUAUUUGUAUUUGCUAUAGAAUGCUGAAUUCUACGCAAAAUUUAAGUGGUCUCUAGGUGGAGGAUAUUGACCGGGGGAACUGAAUAACAUAUCACACGGGAGAGGGGGGAGGCUCCGUCCCGAGGUGCAGCCCCUAGCCGUUUUAUACACCAGUUUUGACAGAAAAAGUAUCCCUCUCGAAUAACAUUUUGUUAAUAUAACAAAUGAUACCUCCUUCACGUACAGGAAGUUGUCUUGUCUUUUUCACAGCUAUAAAAUACACCUUUUAGGUCCUUCCGCAGACCGCAGUGAUAGAUCUCCCUACCUUAUUUUAUAAAUCAACCAGUGAAACCCCUACCCUUUCAUAUACAGGAAUCCUGAAAAAAGUACCCGUUUGGGCAUUAAAGAAAAAAAAAGUCCACUUUUAAUCUAGGGUGUCUACUGAAAUAUUGAUCCUAGGAAUUUGCACUUUCCAAUAUUUUGUGAAGGACAAAGUAAUCUGAGAGAUUUAUAAUCAGCUCACGGUCCUUGCUUUCCUUGCAUUUUUUUUUUCACUUUGCCUUUUCUUACACAGCUACUAUUGUUUUAUCAACCAUGGAGUUUUAGGAGUUUAAUAGACAUAGAGUCAGCUAGUCGUUGCUCUUUUCAGUUUCUAAGUCCUGGUUAUGGGCUAAGCAUUGAUUGCUAAGUGUAAUAAAAUAGUCCCAAGUAUCAAUCAAUAGGCAGAAAGUUGUUGGGUCUUGGAUUGGGUGAGCAGAUUAAAUUGAUUCCUUGGUUGUGACGGCGAUUUUGCAAACCAGUUGGCGCGAAUGUAGAAAAUCUUGUCCCAGAUACCAGUCAGCAAAACCUACAAACCUGAAAAUAAAAGUACUUUUGAGCUUUUAAUGACGUUUAGUUCUUAUUAUUGACCUUAUUCGAAUCUUAUACUUCGAUUACGAUCAUCUACAGAACGAAGCUACUAUUUUCGAGGAGACAAUGUUUUAAAAUGGCUCUAAAAAUAAACUGAUCAGUGAAAACGCUGUGAUAUUGGUCUACCGGUAUCGAAGUUGCUCGCUCCUGUUUUUACGUUAGUCGCGGGAAGGGGACUCUUUUUCCGCCCUGCUCUCUAUCUUCAAGACUUUCGUGUCAUUUCUUAGAGGAAUUUUGCCAAUCAUUUUAGCUUGCAUUGUUUCCUUCGCGGUUUUUUUUUGUUUUUUCUUCCCACCCAGCAUAACUUUUCCAGUGCUGUAAAGACUCGAAAACGAGUGUUGGGCUUCCUGUGGUUUAAAGGGGAAUGGGUCUGGGUCGACACCUGAGAGGGCCGAAAGGGACUGGUGAGCACAGUGUUUAAAAAUGGCGGACGAUUUAGGGUGAUGAAAUUCGAACCUCUAUGUUGUUCGCCUCCAAUUUCUUCCUAUAUGGCAUCCCAGAGGCUUAAAACGUUUAAGAACAAUUAUUCAAUGUCAUGAGUGAACGUCUGGCUAUUCCUGAGUGCCCCUAGCAUCAAACAGCCCCUCUGUAACUCGUUCUAUUCGCUACGAACAUCUUCAGGAGGAGUUACAUCGACUCUCGUACUGCAUCCACUCGACCUGAUAAAAAUUAGGUUUCAAGGUAAGAUACUAGGAAUAACUUGGUUUUGUGUAACGUGCAAAUGCUUACAGUCAAACCAGGUCAAGCGUUCCCGUCGCUAACAAACUAAUGAAUUCAUUAAUGGAAAAAUGAUUUCGUUUGUUGAUUCAAUAAUCCAUUCAUAAAAUGAAUAAUCCAACAGUCAAAUUGGACCUCGAUUCAAUAAUCAAAUGUUGAUUUGGUUUAUGAAAAAAAUCUACCUGUUCUUUAUUCUUGUCUGUUGUGUUCAAUCGUAUUUGCUUCCUUUUUCCUGCCGUUUACGAUUGCGUUUUUCAUUGCCUUUUAAUAAUCAAAAUAACAGCUAGAAUAGACAGACCGCAAACGCAAAGAAACUAUGAGAAACUGACAAAGGCCGAGGAUCGAAAUCCACCAAUCACCGCACAUACACUGACCUUAGUUUGACCGUUGUGUUUUCUAAGAGGUCAGGCCUAGGUCUGUUGCACUGAUUACUGGCAGCAAACUGGCGUACAUGUAACAGUUUGUUUGGGUUUGAACUUCAGAACUCGCCAGCACUCGACUCUCAGAAAAAAAAGAGGAAAAAAACAAAAUUCUGAGGUCAACUUGUGGAAAGUGUAGUUUUUCAAAAAACAGUAAUCGAAUCAACAUUCGAUUAUGGAAUCGAGGCUAAAUAUGAAUAUUGGAUUGUUCAUUUUAUGAAUGGAUUAUUGAAUCAACAAACGAAAUCAUUUUUCCGUGAAUGAAUUCAUUAGUUCGUUAGCGACAGGAACGCUUGACCUGGUUUGACUGUAAGCAAUAGAAAACGUUUUCCGUGUUUGCAUAACCUGAUAUUAACACGAGAGGGGUUGGGAGAAUUCGAGACAGUUAUGCAAACCUUGAAUUCUCCCAAUCCCUCGAGUGUUUAUAUCAGGCUAUGCAAACACAGGAAAAAAGUUUUCUAUUUCUUUUAUAAAAUAACUUUCCCGAGAAAAAAACGCAAACUCUUUGUUACGGUUCUGAUUAAAAGAGAAAUUCUUACCAGUGGCAAAGUCUUAUACACAAAGUCUUGCACGCGUAAUCAGUUCUUGUUUUGCAAAAAGAUGCUUUCCAAUAUACGGAUUUUUCUCGCUUAAAAUGUCAGCUUAAGCGACAAAGAAAUUGACACACCUUCUUUGUAAUGAUUUUCCAAGUUUUAGCCGACGAAGGAAUGGGUAAAUAAAGUAAACUUGUCGGGUUUUGAACUUGAAAACUUUUUCAAAUUAAUUUGUGCUUGCGUGAUUAGUGCGCGAAAAGCAAAACAUCUUGAUGCCACAACCAUGUUUACAUACUCUCAUGCAAACACUCCUUAGCCAAUCAGAGCGCACGUACUAUCUUAGUUAUUUUAUAAAUUGCAAUGUUAAAUGUAAUGCUAUAUGCAACUAGCCGUGUGGCGUGAAUGUCAAAACUAUAGCAUGAAAUAAAUCAGAAAGCGAAAAAGGCUAAUAAGGUUCGGACACUUCUUCAUGUAUAUUUAAAACGUACACGUAUUUAUUUGUCCAAAAAGGUCAACUUCAGUUGGAUUUUGCCUUUCCUCGUGAUUAAAAAGAUAAGCUGGACUCUUCUCUCAGACGAAAAAUCAAGUCCUAACGAUGGCCAUUUUUAGAGGUUCCUCAAUAAGAUUCCUAAUCCUGCCAUUGCAGUAAUUAUCUUCAUUAAUCCCAUUUUCCUGACAAUUGUUAUUGACUAAUCCCCGUCCUGAAAUUACGUUCAAAAACGUUCCUUAUAGGAGUUCCAGACUUCCUCAUCUUAGGAGAAUCAGUCAAUCAUACAUGUAAAUGUAGUGGGAUAACAAGGUGGUACACUUCAUGAUCAAAAUAGGUGUGCAAUAGGGACAAGAAAAAUGUGGUUAAUGAUGAGCGUAAUGUACAUGUCAUAAGCUUGCUCCAGGGGUAGGACCCUGGGCAAACCAGGGGAAAAAUGGUGGGUUUAGUACAGGAUGGGUUGGAUUGUCUGCCCUAAGUGAGGGGGAAAGUCAAGACGUUAUUUUUAGGUUUGAAUGAAGGGGUGGAGGAAAUUUACAUUUUGUUAAAUUUGGAAGGCAACCAGGUGAACAUCAUGAGAAUUUAACACCUUCCCCAACCCAUAAUUUGGCAAAUGAUAAUACAGGUCAUAUAAGUAGACCCUGGCCUGCGUGAAUCUGUCUGAAGGUUUUCUUUUAUGAUUUUUUAAAUGAAAAACAUUACCUUGCUUCCCCGAGCAUAAAAUAAAUGAGUCAAAUUUGAUCGCCAACUAUUAUAGCUUGCGUAGCUGGAGGGACCAAAGUUUAAAAGUGUUCCUUGAUGUCCCUGCAUGUGGCUUUUCCCCAUUCUUCUUAUAGUUUUAUAGGCUAAUAACCACAGGUUCUUUUAUAACUGUCAUAAGUACUAGUUAAAUCCCACCAGUUACACAGGCAUAAUAAUGUCCUCUCUCAAUUAAAAGAAACCCAUUUAUGAGGUGGUUAUCAUGGGGUUUUUCAUUGAGGAGCACUUGAGCCUUGGAGGCAAUUUUAUUCUUAAAUUUGUUCCACCCAUUUUUCAAUCCGCCUCAUUGACACGGGGUCCUAUCCUACUUGCAGGCUGAUGACAUGACUCUGUAUAAUGAUGAGUUAGAAAAUAGAAAAUUGAUAGGCUACUGUAGAAAAGAGAAGAGGAAAACAGACCUUGUAUUUCUGCAGAUCAUUUUUAUUAGAAUUAUGUUUAAUAUUCCUUCAAGAGUUAAGAAGAACUCGUCCCAAUGUACGGAUCUUUUUACAUGUUGCUCAUAUGGUAAAGCAUUGCAGCACUAUACAUGUAAAUAGAGUGGUUAUGGGUUCGAAUUCCAUUGAAGCCUUGAAAUUUUUGGGCUUAAUUAGCAAUUGUUAUUUGCAUUUAACCCAUUCGCCCCUGAACCGCCCGUAACCGCCCGUGCGGAUCCAGGUCCUUUCUACCCUUUGUGACGUCAUCAGUUUUAACGGUCAAGGACAACUUUCUUCGCUAACUUGUGCAGAGUGAAGAGAUCUUUCAAACCAUACCAGAAUGAGCACAAUUCAGUCAAGGACACCGGAGAAAGAAGCAAAAAACCACGUGACAAGGACCUGAAAAUCCUCAUGAAAAUCUUGUUCCAUUACCCACCUACCUUUCCUUUCACCUAAUCCUAAGAUCCUAAAAGCUUUCCUAAAAACUCUUCCCUCCAAAAUGAAGCCUACUAAAUGCCCAGCAAGAGAAAAAAAAAAUGAGGCAAGAAAAGCGAAAAAAGAAGGGAGGAGAGAAAGCGAAAAGUAAAAGUCAAGACUGCUGUGUCACUUUUAAACCCAAAAACUGUCGAAAUUUUGCUUUCUGCGCAUGCCCAAACUUCGCAAGCAGAUAUUCUGCAUCUGGAUCAGAAGGCCGCCAAGUGUACGACCUGUAAACCGGUUUGUGGUAAGUUUUAGCUCUUUAUAGCACGACAGUGACCAGAAAACCACUCGACUAGCUUCAAAACGCGUUUUUCGGCAAAAUCUCCAGGAGCGAAUGGGUUAAGAAAAAGACCUUAUAAAAGCAUGCCUUACAUAAUUUUGUUAAUGCAUCUAGUUUCACACAAUAGCUUUAUUUAUUAUAUGAAUGUUUUUGUUAUUAGUUACAGUGUAAUGAUGGCAGUGGGAAGUUGCCAGUGUACAGAGGUCUAGUUGAUGCAGUGCAGUCCAUUGUCGGAACAGGGGGUUUAAAGGGGUUGUACCAGGUUAGUACAUUCACAACAUACUUAACCCUUAGUUUAGUGAUUUGUUUGGUCGUUUUUGUGCCUCAUGGAGCAAUGCAGAUUAUUUAUUUAUCUUUCAGUGUAAAGGACUAAGUUAGUAAGCUUAGCAGUGUCUUCAGGGAGGACAGAUCUACCUCAUUUUGGGAACAAUCCCUCCAUAGAACUUUACGCACAAAACUUCACAUGCUUUGGGUACUAGAAAUCCACGUCUUAUUACACCAUUCACCUACUACUUUUUCCUGAUAAGAUUUCUCCUCUUCCUGGAAAGUAAGCCAGCUAAUAUUUAUACUUAUUGUCACGGCGUUUUCUCUUUUUUUUUCUCCUAGUAGCUUAAAGCCUGUCUCAGUGAAAAAAUAAAUAAAUAAAUAAAUAAAUAAAAAAUAGCAAGAAAUAAAAAAAAGGACAAAAAAAUUAAAGGAAUGAGUACAAGUUCCUUUUUUUUUUACUUCAGGGUGUGACACGGAAAGUAUGGGGUUAUAAGUCUGCAAGGGGACUGUACUUUUUCAGGUAAGUGAUUACAACAGCGAACAAAACAAUAUUUUGUAUAGAAUUCAUAUUUUAAACCUUCAUUGGAAUUCAUGUAUUUAAAUACACAUUGCUGGGAGUAGCUGUAGAACAGCUAUGAAGGUUCUUUUCUUUCUAUUUUCUUCUCUCCUAUCUGUUUGAGUUCCUACUACUGCUAUUUUCUUCUCUCCUAGGAAAUUAGAACAUUAAUAUUUUGUACAUUUUGUAUACAGUCAAACCUCUCCACAAUGGCCCACCUUGGGGACAGAAGAAAGUGGCCUUGUUGGAAGGUGACCGUUAUGAGGAGGCCUGUAGGAAUUGUAAUAUGACAAUUUUUUUUUUUUUUUGAGGGAGCACAACAUGUUUACAGUGUUAUGUUCGUGCUCACUGUCCCAUAAUGAUAAUCCAGUCAUAUAUAACAUAUAGCGAUAGAAAUAUACACCAAAAAAUUGAAAAAAUUUGUGAAUGAAAAUGUUAACGAGACAAAACUGCAAGGUUCGCAACAUUUGCUUAAGUACGUUUGUAUCAUAGCUAUGAACAUGCUUACGGCAGCAGUAUAAAUGGGGCAUGUUUAAAACUCGAAAUGGAAAAAUGACUAAAAGUAUUUACAAAGAAUACAGAUUUUUCUUUGAUCGGUUUUCCUCCCUACUAUUCGGUCGGUGGAGUUACCACGCGCAUUCUUGACCCGAGCUCUACACCAUUGCGCAGCCAUAAGAUUUGAAGGCUUGUUGUCACGCUCCGUGUGCCCACGCAAGCUCAUCAUACGCGCCGAAAAUAGCUCUUCUGUGGGGAAAUUAACUGUAGUGUCAUCAGAGACGCCGAGGUGGUGGAGCGUAUUACAAAGAAAAGCUACCGUCAACUUUAACGCACUUGAGGAUGAAGAAGUACAAGUCCAGAGUCAAAAAUUGCUAAUAGUUCUACAAAUAAACAGGGUAUAUAAUUUCGUGUGUCGACUGUGAGUCUAUCCUAAAUAUAAACAGGGUAUUGCCUGAUCUAAUUUGCUUGAUGAAAUUUAUUUGCAAACAAAAGCAAUAACUGUAACGUGAAAUUUGCUCUAUUGCAAUUGCCAAUAAAAGGCUUUAAAACAAGACGGCGUGCAUUUUGUCCUCAACCUCGUUCCCAGGGUUAUCUCCUACCCGUCCCUGCCGAGCGAGAGAGAGAGAGAGAGAGAGAGAGAGAGAGAGAGAGAGAGAGAGAGAGAGAGAGAGAGAGAGAGAGAGAGAGAGAGAGAGAGAGAGAGAGAGAGAGAGAGAGAGAGAGAGAGAGCCAGAAGAAAGGGAACUUUCGUGACGAAAAUGGGGAACUUUGGUGACGGAAACAGGGAACUUUUCUGACUAAGGGAACUUUUGUGACGCCCAUAGGGAACUUUAAGGACGUUCAUAGGGAACUUUUGUGACGAGACUGGGGAACAUUUGUGACAUUAGGGAACUUUUGUGACGACAUUGGGGAACUUUAGCGACUUGAAUAGGGAAUUUUCGUGACUUUAACUGGGGAACGUCGAUGAUGUUAUCAUUGUACUAUGUAUUUAUAUCUCGUACAUCUUUCUUUUUAGCUCUGUUGCUUUUGUAAAGUACUUAAAACAUAUCAGGAUAGGCGCAAGACGAAUAUAUAUUAUUAUUAUGUUCAUUUCUGGAAGUUAAUUUUCGGCAAAACAUUACUUUCAGUACAAUAGAAGCAACAGGUAUUUUCCCUGUUGAUUAUCAUCAUUUCUCAGUUGUUGCUAAACACUGACGAGUCUCUUUUAUUUAACAAUCCAACAUUUUAUUUAACCAGGCGCUCAUUAUCAAACAUCACUACAUCAAAUUUAAAAGGCUGUGCAGCCACUCAGUUCAACACAAUAAGGCCUGUGCACUGUAACAGUAUUAAAACAUACAACGCUACCGUUUCAUGAUAACAGAGCAGGCAAAAACAAGAUGUAUAUUUAUCAUGACAACACACUAUUAAUUAAUCAAUAUAUUGCUAAUUAUCAAGAAGGGUAUUAAAUUUGAACUUUGCCUGAUUCUAUCAGGUGCAUAAACAUGGAGACAAGACAAACAAUAAGCCACUACCAAUCUAUUAAAAUUCAGCUUGAUAGUGAGGCCUAGAGGACGCAAGCAAAAGCUAUGAACAAACAUGGUGAUUUCAUUUUAUUUGUAUCGGUCCUUUAGGCCGCGCUCUCAAAGCUGAAUUUUAACAUAUCCGACAAGUGGUCUAUUAGUUCCGUUGUCCACUCAACAAUAACUUGAAUUAGUAACAGUACUUGGACUGAGUGAAGUACAAUUCAGGGAGUAAUCGCGGGAGUACAUGUCAUUUCAAAAUUGGAUGAGCGCAAAAUGCGAGGCCGCGUUCAAAAUAUGAGCACGAUUACUCCUUGACUAAUUGUAUGCCACGAAGUCCAAUUACUAGUUAAUCGUAUCUAUAACAAAUUUCGAAAUUAUAAAUUUCUUGCGAGAACUUCUUUAAAAUAGUCUGUAGCAUUUUUCAUAAGUCAUGAGAAAUCUAGGAAAUACUGCGACGGAAGCCAUUAGAGCGCGCGUAAUUGACGUGCAAAUCACGUGGGUAUCCCAUUACAGGCACCCAAUUACGAAAAGUUCAAAUUAGAUACCUGUUAUUGGAUACCCACGUGAUUACGCGCCGAUUACAUGACAAAUAAGCGCGCAGAGAGCUAAUCAAGAUCAAUGAUAUUGUUAUAGAUACCAUUAGUUAGUAUAAAUCGUAUGAGAAACGUGUACUUAAUCUCCAGCAAAUCUCAGGACGCUUGAUAUAAUUCUUUUACGAACGCAAACAAUGCUGUAACACUUUUACUCCGAAGGAAAAAUUUAACAAUGCAUUACAACGAAACUAACUCCCCAGAGGUGGGUACUCGGUUGAAGUUAAAGCUGUACAAGAGCACAGGAUAUAUAUCUAAAUAUAUAGAAAAUCUUGAGAUAAAAAAGAGAUCUUAAAUACAAAAUCUAACACUAACAAUUUGAUUGUAAUCAACAAACAACUCUCAUGUUGAGCUGUCUUAGGCGCUCUUAAAACGCAUUUGUCUUAUUUCACGCGAUUAAUAGUUGGUAUGUUAAUUUCCGCAAUACAAAACAAGAGGUGAUUUAGCAUGUAAAAUGCAGAUCUAACACCUAUGUUAAGACUGCAAUAAACUGUGAAGUUUUUGAAAACAACUCUGAUAUUAGUUAAGUUGUUAAGACCGUCUAUGACAGUCCAACAUUAGUGUUGAGUUGCCUUAGACGCUCUUGAAACGUCUUUCGUAUUUACACGAUUCAUUAUUGUGUCUGAGGAUGCUUUUUGUACUUGUCCCUAUCCUCCAUUAUUGUUCUGAAAAAUUUCUUUCUUCCUGGAUCUUGAGAUGGGUACAGAUAUCGUUAUCGAUGCUUUAAACAUAGCUCUCAAUAUGUCAAGAUCCGAAGAUGAAAGACUGCAAUAAACUGAGAAGUUUUUGAAAAUAACUCUAAUUAGAGAGCGUCUAAGACAACUCAACAUUAAUGUUGAGUUGUCUUAGGCGCUCUUAAAACACGCCUUUCGUAUUUCACAGGAUUAAUUAUUCCGGGCUGUCCAAGUAAGCUUUUUGCAAUAGUCCCUUUCCUCCAUUUUCGUUCUGAGGAAUUUCUUUGACCUUGGGUCUUGAGAUAAGUACGGAUGUCGUUAUCAACACUUUAAACAUAGUUAACAAUUAUUCACCGAAGUGGAGGUGAAUAGUGAGGGAUAUUUACCGAACCACGAAGCGGCAAGGCCGGUGAAUAUCCAUCACUUUCACCGACACUAAGGUGAAUAAUUGUUUUAGUAUAUACCACACAAGCUGAAAAAUUAGCGGACCAAAACGUUAUUUUAUGUGUGACAAACGGUCAGAAAAUAAAAAUCUCUCGCGCCGGUUGCUCGGAGGUGAAUAGUGCUGGCUAAUCACGUCCGAGUUAACCAAUCAGAGCGCGCGAAAAGCACUAUUUACUUGUGUGGUAUAUGCUAACUGUCAAUAUGUCAAUAUUGGAAGAUGAAAGACUGCAAUUAAUUCUUACGUCAUGGACAAAGCGAUUUAACUUUAAUGGGUGACAAAAACGAGCCAAAACUUUGAGACAACGACAAAAAAUGUACACAUACUACUUGAGGCGAGCAUUUCGGCAAAAGAAGUUAGACUGCAAAUUAUAAUCGAGCAAUUUCACCGUGCAGCAACGAAGGAUGAUUCCAGGAAAAACAAAAAAGAUACUGCUCGAACUGAUGAUUUAUAUAAGCGAUCGCAUAUCCCUUACUUUGGAAACGUUGUUCCCUGCAUUAAAAACUCAUUUUAUAUCUGUAAAGUAUUAUACAUUGAAAACAACUUACUUCAAUUCACGUCGUAAACCUUGCACGUCAAUCCAGUUCCUGCCUCGUGGCAUUCACUGACUAGUACUGCAUGAUAAACGUCACGCAAACGUCACGCCGAAGACGUCAAUGCACUACACAGAAGUCCCACAGAUCAUAACUUUCUCUGCGGCAUUUAGUUGAGUUCGUUGUAGUCUUGUUAAUUUACACCUACUGUAAAAGCUCCAUUAAUCCCCCGGGGCUUAGUUAAUAAUGGGGAACUUAUUAGAGAGGAGGGCGCAAUAGAGAGAAGGAGGGGUUUAUUUCAAAUCUUAAACAUACCGUUUUUGUGCCAGGUAGGUUUUUUUUUCCAAAGCUCAAACAACUGUAGUCUAAAUUUAUUACGUAAUAACGAGUAGCAAACAGUGGUAUGUGUUUGAGUGUAUAUUUCUGUAAUAACAAACCAAAUGGCUGCAGAAAAAAAAAAUGGCGAGGGACAUGUUAGAUAGGGGCGCUUAUUAUAAAAGCCUACUUCCAAACAGCGGACUUAUUAAAGAAGCGGGGUUAAACAGAGGGGGCUUUGCUAGAGCUUUUUUUACGGUAUUGCACUAUCUCAGGAGAGGAAAGUAAACCACAUCGGUCGUUUAUAAUACGCGUUCUUUUUCUUUUUCAAAGCCCAAUUACAAAAUAUAGUCUAGACAGAGUUGAACAAAACCAUCGUCUCUAUAGCUGAGUUUAAGUUAUCUGAACAAGAACAUUCUGUUAUCACUUACUAUGAUUCAAAAUAAAACGUGUAUAGCAACCUUAAGACUAGGGCUAUCACGAUAAACAGAUGAUAGAUUGUCGAGUGAGGCCAGCCUUUAUUUACACAAUUGUUUGACACAUUUAGUAGCAGCGCGUUUAGGAGCGCGCCAAUAUCCUUACUAGUUUGGUCAGUGUUUUACAGUUAUUCAUCUGAUUCAUAACUCACGAGACUGAGAUUUAAGCUGGCACCUUUUGUAGAUUUCCUUUAAAAAUAUAUACUUGUCUGCUGGGGAUGUGUAGGUCUUAGAUUCAUCGAUCUUUGCGGAGUUGACAAAGCGACAUGUUAAAUAUAGUGUGUGGGUCAGUUCGAAAAUUAAGGAGUGCGCCAAGGUUAAUUCAUGAUCUUCAAUUUAUUUUUCACAAUUAUAACAACACUUUCCCCUAAAACAAUAUUACUGUAAUCAUCAGGCGACACAAUGAGGCCUGAAGUGGAAUUUUUCAGUCACCUGUCCAUAUACCUCUAUAUGCAAAGCACAUCGAGUUUAUAAACCACCUUUUUUCGGUACUGGUUCCUUUUUGUUGUAACCAACAAAUCUGAAAAUUAAACCACCCGUUGCUAUUGCAGUAUUGUACAGUUAGAUAGUAUCAUUUAUUCCUGCCUCUCCAAAAAUUGCGGUGAAAUGAUCAUUUGUAUCAUCUAGCAAAUAGGGAACUUUAGUGACUUUUGCCAUUUUCUGACAUUGGUUCCUUCAAAUCUUCAUAAAAAAAUAACGGAUGGUGAUUCUGUUGUCAAAUUUGCUUUGUUAUAUUGCCAAAUGAUUGCUUUAAUUGCUGUAUGAUUUUGAGUUCAAUCAAUGAAAAUUAAAUAGCGAUUUUUAUUGUCCGAACUUAGGAAACGAAAAAAGGGCAUAUUUCGAAUUCUGAAACCUUUCAUCGACAUGAAAAGUCAAACACAUACACGGCAGAUUUUUAAAGCCGCAGAUAUCUCAGAUUUAAAAGGUUGUGGUGAUCGAGAGAAUUGAGUGGCGCAUAAAUGGUAAGUCAAUAGCUCCCUCUUGACCAACAAAUUGGAUUUAAAGCUUUUGAAUUGGCUGAUACCACGGCAUAGGGCACUUUCGUGCCCUCUUAAGCACAAAUAGUGAUCUGUUUAAGUCAGGAUUAGAUGGUAUUGGCGAACCUCUCGCAUGCAGAAAGGUUAGAUCAUGACGCUUUGUUAGAUGGCUUGUCAAAAGUUACCACACAAAAAGGCUUGAUCUAUCAUCAAAAGAGGGAAACGUCAGAAAAGUGCCCUAAUAUUCUUCUAGAGAGAGAGAGAGAGAGAGAGAGAGAGAGACGGGUAGGAGAGAGUACCUGAGAACGAGGUUGUUUUGUCCUUUGUGCUAAACAAUAAAAUAAAAUUGAGGGUGUUGGGGUGUUGGUGUUUCUUAGUACGAGAAAGAACAAGUGAGUGCGAUAACUGCGAUGGCACAACAACAUUUGUGAGGUCUUGCAUCAGCAUGCUGAGCAGAGUUUUGCCGGUUCAUGGAAGGCAAAGACAUAACAACUGGACACGACAAAAUAGAGCAAGUCAUUUUUUUUUACUCUUUAGGAAAGUCAUUUCGCCAUUUCGCUAUUUCGUCACUUCGUCAUUUCGUGUUUUAAACACGCCCGUGUUAAUGAAACACAAUCAAAAUAUGAUUGCCGCGAUUUAUCAUCAACUUGGCGUAUGGAUCAAUUACUUUUAUGGCCAUUCUUGACUUUUUCGUCAGUCGCUAAAAUAUAUAAGUAUGUUAAGAGUAACAUGGACGGAACAUAAAACCAAUGAAGAAGUUUUAAAGAUGGCAAAUACAACAAGGUCAUUAUUACCAAUGAUAAAGAAAAUAAAAUGCCAGUAUUUUGAGCGAGGUCGAUCAGGCCAAACAUCUGGUCCGGUAGCCUCAGUUAAAGACUUAGGCAUUACACUGGACUCAUACCUCAAUUUUAAUGAUAAUGUAUACACGUUCACAUCGUCUCUUCUGUCCAUGUUAUGUCAGAUUGGUAGGGUGAGGCACCUGUUUACUAAACCUGUCUUGUCAACUAUUUUGAAUUCUCUUAUUUUUAGUAAACUUUUUUACUGUUCCACUGUCUGGGCAGGCACCGCUAAACAAAAUCUACAGAAGUUACAAUUAGUGCAAAACUUCGCCGCCCGCGUAUUGACAGAUACUGAAAAGUUUGAUCACAUCUCGCCUGUUCUUCGGGAAUUAGGGUGGCCCUCCAUCAAAGAUCAGCUAUUAGUCCGUGAUACUACGCAAGUAUACAAAAUUGUUAGUAGCGUCGCUCCGUUUUACUUGAGUAGUAAACUCAGUAAGCGACCAGACCCACACAACUACAACACGAGGAAAAGGAACAGUCUAAAUAUCCCUCUAUGCAGAACAGUUACUGCGCAUCGGUCAUUAUUUUUACUAUCGUGCUGUAAGUGCCUGGAACUCUCUGACCGCAGACACUAGAAACAGCCCGUCACUAUGUUAAGAGGAGCGUCAAACGCGAAUUGCGGGAGCAGACCCCAUACGUUAGAUAGUUAAUAUUUGAUUUAGUUUGGAUCUCUAAAAAGAUAACGUAAUUAUACGCGCAUAGUUUAGGCUUUUAGUUUUGUACCAAGAUUGUAAUCAAUUUACGCUUUUUCUUCUUAUCCCCUUCUUUUUUGGCUUUUGUAAAUUCACUUCAGAAUAGCCCUUUGGGAGAGUUAAUAAAAUUUUUUGUAUUUUAUUGUAUCGUAUGAUAUAACAGGAAUCAAGUUCAAACCAAACUCCUCUGCUCCCUUACACAGUGUCAUCCCUAAUUGUCUGUCUGUGAUGAUUUAUACACAGGGUUGAGAGGAUUGGGUGACACCCAGUAUCCAUCUUAAAAGUUAAGUUGACGUAUUUUCCUCCCUUUCAGGAACUGGAACACUAACAGUAACAAAUCCAAUAUGGGUUAUCAAGACUCGCCUCUGUCUUCAGUACACUGGUUUACCAGCUGCCGUUACUCAAGCACCGCAAUACAAAGGGAUGAUUGGUAAGAAAGAAGGAAACUUGGCCAACUUAACUUUCGCAAAGGCUUAUGGGACUGUUACUAGGGACUGGGAAACAAAUUGGCCAAUAGCUGACCGGCACGUCACCAGUAACAAUCCCAGAAACAAUUGCGGGACGCAUUUCGGUUCCAGUUCUCUGGUCGUUUCUAAAGUGGUGAAUGGGCAAACCGGUCGGUUCACGAGUUGGGUGAAUGGUUUGAAAAAUUGAGGCCUAGUAAAUUUCAUUCCGGAAUAGGGUUUACUAUUUGUUUUACAAAUCAGUUCCACUUACCGAAAACAGCCGCGAAGGCCUGAAACUGGUAUCAAAGAUAAGUUUUAACAAAUGGAGCACGAAUCUCUGUUUGGGUAGAUUGCGAGCAGUCUCUUAUUUUUCUUUGCAAAGUUUAUUGUAAUAAUAACGUCGUGGUUUGCAAUCGCGCUGGAUGAGAUAAGAACUAGACGGAUUUUAGGAGAAAGGUGGACUGCAAGCAGUCUACUGUUUGGAAUAUUUCGUCCGGACAAACAAGGCCACCUUUUCAGAUGUUCCGUUGGUCCCGGGAAUUUUCCAAUAAAGGGACAUGGAAAGCCGUUUUCCAUUUACUUGUUGUAGUGGUAAAAGAACGAGUUCCUCCUAUUACAGUUAUUUGUCUGACACAAUGUCUGUGUGACCUUGAUUUAGAGAGGCGUAGAUCAUACAUGUAUUUGUGUUUAUUAUAAAAUCAUUUUCCUAAUUCUUACUUUUUAGAUACCCUUUUUAAACUUUGGAGACACGAGGGACUCCGAGGAUUAUACAAAGUAAGUUUGCCAUGCUAUGUAAUGGCGGAAAAAGCAAUAACUCUGCACAAUUUCUUGAACAUUUCUUUGCCGUUACCGCACGACUACGAGGUAAAAAUUGCAUAAUUUCACGUUUUGUGGGGGCCGUAAACGAGCGACGACGAAUUUUGUUUCCUGUUUCCUAUCUUAAAUUCAUGCGGUCGUCGUUGCUAAAGCUUCUGAUGUUUGGUUCUAGUUUUCCAAGCGUCGGAUAGCGCUAUCCACCAGAUAAAUCAUUAUCCAGUAAAUGAGUGUGAGGAAAACUAAUUCCGCUUCUAGUAGGUAAGGAUUUUUCUGGUGGAUAGCGUUACCAACCUUAGGAAAGAAACUGGGGCCUGGUGGAUAGCGUUGUCGACCUUUUGAGCAACUAGAGCCUGAUUCAGUGCAAAUGGUGCAAUUUACAAAAUUAACCCACUUGAAAUGUUUAACCGCGAUGGAAUAUCAGCUACAUAUACUCUGUAUUUUGUUCAAUAGGGUUACGUCCCCGGACUGUUUGGUGUGUCACAUGGUGCUCUCCAGUUCAUGGCUUAUGAAGAACUUAAGAAAGGCUACAGCCAUUACUUCGGUACACCAAUCAAUAAAAAAUUGGUAAGUUAACAAGUCAGUCUUAAAUGGUUGUUCACCGACAUUGAUCAUAAGUUAAGUUUCGUUCACAAGCAAGGUUGCACACUUGUCAGUACAGAAACUAUAGAUUUCAUUAUCACUAGCCUGUUCCAGACUCCGAGAUGGUGGUGGAAAGUCGUUCAGUAAUAAGAAAUGCGAAAAACGCGCGGGGGCUGGGGAGAGACAGGGCGGCGGAGCCUGUACGCAUUUUUUUAACGGCCUGUUCCGGUAUAUCAGCUCCUGAUAUACCCUCUGAUUGGUCAAUUGUGACAGUUAACAUCAUCACCUAGUAGCGUGGUCAUCAGUUUGUCAUCACCAAGAUGGCUAACGCGAAUCGCGUGUGUGAUCUUCAUGAAUCCGCGUUGUCUUAUGCUGUAGCUCGCGGUAAAGAUGUUUUCAGUAUUAUGCCCACCGGUUUCGGCAAAAGUUUAAUCUUUCAGCUAUUCCCACGCUUGGCUAAAGCUGCUCUAAUCCUAGAAAACUCUACGAUAAUAGUCAUUUCGCCGCUGAUAUCUAUAAUGCGAGACCAAAUGGAACAACUGAAAAAGCUUGGAUUUUCAGCCGCAGCUAUUUGGCAUCGGUAAAGAGGGAGAGGAGGACGAGAAGAAAGCGAGAGAAGGAAAGUGCGAAAUUGUUUUCGGUAAUCUGGAGUCCUGGUUGAUCACAGAGUGGCAAUAACAAAACAGUCCAAAGACUGUUAAGCUUAUUCCGCUAUUACCAAGGCAGAAACUACGCCGCGCUCCAAUCGAAAGACUCACGCUAUUUUAAGAGGAACACUAUUAAGCUGGAGUUUACGAAGUCACAAUGCAAUUCUCCUUAGUUGAUGUAGCUUAAGUUUAAGCUGCACUUCAUUCUUAUAAUUCUGGAUCUGUAAAUCACCAUCCGUGAUAAUUUAACAUUCUGCAAAGAAAACUAACGAGCUGGGCCCAGCGUGAUACAACAUUGCAGAAAAAUAUUACAUUAAUUCACGGACUAAAGAAAAUCACUUAGUUAGUCAGAUCCAGAAGGCAUUUUGGAGAAAAUUAAAACCCUUAUUCAGUCGCAAUAAAAAGCUUUACGCUUCAAAUUAGAGGUCAAAGAAAAUGCUAUCUCAUCAGAGGGCAAAUCCUGCCGACCAGAAACAAACGCCACAGUAAAUCGAUAUGUGUGCCAUGACCUCUCAGUGUGAAACAAGCGGCUAAAGUCACAUUUGCUCAGUGACAAUGUAGAACCUUCCAGAGCAUAACCUACCCAACAGAGGAAAAAACUUACCGCCCCCUUUUAUUGCUAUAAACUAGAGCCAAAAAAAACGGAUGCUCUCACAGGAUAACGAAUUCCAAGACAUAAAUUUCCACACAUUGCACAAGGAGUUCGCGUCGCGUGCAAUUCUCACGCGAGAAACUAGAGAAUGAUUGUAGCUAACUGAAGUGUUAACAGUUUUGACAGCCGAAUCCAGACGUGACAGAAAUGGGCGGAAGAGGGUCGUUAAAGAAAUGCUAGCCUGUGAACAGGCUCUCUGUCUGGGGAAAAAAUAGCGACCAAAGGCCUGUUCACAGGCUAAAGAAAUGCUAACAGGCUCUCUUUCUCUCCCAUUUUCCCGCCGCCACCGCCCCCUUUCCCAAGUCGUGCUCGUCUUAUUUUCGCUUUGCUCGUUUUAAUACGUUCCCACUAUACUAUCUGAGAGCCUGGCACAGGCUAAUUAUCACAACAGGAUGUGAUCGUAUAAUUACUUAGCAUACUGUUUUUGCAUUCUCUGCUUGAGUGGGUAUUUCUGUUUGUUGCUGCUCAUUUUAAGAAUGUGAAGAUCUAGCAGUUUGCUAAGAAAAGUGAUACCGACCUAAUAUAAGCUAUAUACUGCUAAAUUGCACGGCUUAGAUUGUAAAGAGUAUGGCUGUUGACCCCUUGUUGGAGUGAAACAGAGUAAGCUUGUCCUUUCUGAAACAAUGGUCUUUAACAUGGUGUGUUUCUUUCUAUCACUCGUCUCUUGAAAGCUGACUUAAGGGAGGGCAAAUUACGUUUUUUGGUCUAAGGCAGGGUUAAGCUUUCAGGAAGCAUGCUGCACACUCCCACCGUAAUUUUCAAAAGUACCCCCUCCCCCGCUGGACCAGUACCUUUGUUUUCCGUGAAAGGCGCAUCAUCACGAGAAAAAUUAUGGAGGUUCACUCGCUGAUGUAUAUGAUACAUGUAAGCUUUGAACACCAAGAACAUGAUUUCGUAGAAAUUCAUUCUCCACCUACAGCUGUAAGGCACGGACAAACCACAAUCAAUGAUUUCUCAUUGAUUUUCCUUAAAUAUCACUGCUAAUUAAUUUCAAAACAUUGGUCCCCUCUUUACCGACCAGUCAACUUAAAGGAUUCCGAAAUAUUGACUCUGGCAUGCCUGGAUAGGCUACUAGCAGUCUCUCUCUGGCCAGAAUUAAUGGAGCCGUUCACUUAUAGUAACAGGUCAUUGAAUAAUAAGAAUACUCUUAAAGCGCUUCUUCAAGGUGUGAGCAAACCAUAGUCAAUGGUUUUUGAGCCCUGUCAAACUAGAAACAUCAGCCCAGCCUUUUGAAAUUCUCCUUCCAUGUUGACCUAUCUUUAGCUUAAGACACACCUGUUAGGGAACUUUGUGUUUAUACGAGAAGGUGGGCUAUCUUGCUUGCUGAGAUCUCGACUCGAGCAACCGGGAUUUCGGCCUCGUCCUCUCAUAUGUAUUUAGCUUAACAGUUAGCUAAUUGGGGGCACUUUCCUACGUGCUGGCACACUAACCUAUUGAAUGACUUUUAAAUUAUUGAUCUUACCUAAAAUCUCAAACUAUAUACAAAUGUCCACGACUCAAAAUUUACACAGGUCACAGCAGGAACUUCUCCGGAAUAGAUGUAGCAAGUAGAAAGUUGUUUUUAUACCAAGACGAAGCUAAAACAGACCCUUAGUAGGUAUCGUUUCUUCCUCCUUCUAGAGUUCAACAGAGUACUUGAUAAUGGCAUCAUUAUCAAAGAUCUUCGCUGCCACAGCCACUUAUCCGUAUCAAGUAGUCAGAUCAAGACUACAGGUAAACAGACCUCCUACUUAUCUCUCAGUGUAAGGUUAUGUCCACAAGAUUAGUUCCAACAGGCACUUUUCCGCUAGUGAUUCACGUGGUACAAAACCGCAAUGCUGGAGAGUAAGGGACACACUGAGACAAGACAAACAAAAGGCUCACUAGACUUUCUCGGCCCAGUUUCCGAUAUCUGCUUGUUCGGUGGUCGGUUGGCGCUCGUCUUGCGAUUUCUCUUUCGCUCGCUUUGCGCAGUGGACUUGUGGCAAGUGUAAAUGUUCACAUCAUUUAACAUCGUAAUUCCCUUUAUCUUCUCCCGGUACGAUUCUUGCUCUCAAGCAUUACGUUUUUUUUGUACCACGUGAAUGGCUAGCUGCAAAGGGCCAAUUAAGUUUAUGAACGCAUACAAAUUUACAGCUGUUUUUCCCUAGCGACGGAGUCUGGGUUGAAUUCGUAAGAGCAGUCGUUAAAACGCUUACAACCCAUCAAAACUCGGAGUCGUAAGCAGAGUCAAAAGAGCGAGGUAGUUGUAAUCAGGAAGUUACCUUUUUGUUCCGACUCUACCCACUAUGAUAGCACCAUGCCCAGCCACCUUUUGUAUCCUACUCUUCCCAAAACAAAAGAAAGCUCUGUGCGUCUCCGAGUUCCAAGCAGCCAACUCCCUAGAGGUUACUACCCAGCGCUUUAAAUGUUGAUUUUGUAUACAGAAUUUAAAGUUUUGUACUCUUUUGGCUUUUUAAUUGGUUUUUUUUUUGUGUUUUGUAGAAUCAAUACACGAUGGCCGAAUACAAUGGAGCAGUGGACGUUAUCCGUAAAACUUUCAGGUGAGAUGAGGGACUCGCUUCGUCGAUUUUCUUUUUUUUUUGGACGCAGUUUUUGAAAGCGAAAUUUUCCAGCGCUCCAAGAUUUAUACCUUAAAAAGUCGCCUUCUGACAUUAGCUUUGUUGUCGACUUCUAGAUACGAAGGAGUGAGGGGAUUUUAUAAAGGAUUGGUUUCUAAUGUUCUCAGGUGAGAUCCCCAACAAAAGAGCCCCUAGGUCUUACCCGUCUGGAUGACAGUGAGUAAUUGGCAGGCCCUAGUUAUUCAAAAGGUAGAUAACGCUAUCCACUGCAUAAAUCACUAUCCAGCGGAUAACGCAGUUGGUAUCCAUAAAACGUAUCCACUGGAUAGUGAUUUCUCCGGUGGAUUGCGCUAUAGAACAUUUAAUCAACCGCGGCCAGAACUGUAAUGUAGAUGUCGCGGAUAAAAGGACAACAGCACUUGUCCCCUUUAACAGUAAGCUUAGACUGUUCGCAGUCCCCUAUUUUUUCGUGAGAUCUUUUAGAUAUACCGCGUCUUACCGUCACGGGUAUCUUGAUUUUCAAAUGUACCGAGUGGGCGAGCGUCGGGGACUAUAGCUCGGGGGGGGGGGGGGGAGGUGGCGGGGCGAGAAAAAUAGAGGGACUGUAAUAACAUCACCACAGCUCGUGUUCACGGACCGCGUUGUACCAGCAACGCAGGCAUUUGAUUGGUCAUUAGACAAUAGAUGUUAAUUUGCGUUGACAACGGGUUUAGUUUAAGUUGCCUAAAUUGACGAGUCGUUGACAAGUCGACUUUUCAAUAAAACGUACGCUUUCAUACCAUAAGGCACAUCUUGCGCUAACACACGAAGGAUUUUUGGCAUUUUGAUUAGGAAAAUGUUUUCUUGUGCAUGUUUGCCGAUUUUAUUUCGAGGAAUGGCCCAGAAACAUUAUAAAAUCAUGGUUUCGAAAAGAGAUAUUUGUAAACACGCGUAAUCGAUGCUAAAUGUGUCUGGCAUGUUUUUCAUCACCAGCGGAGUUUCUUAAUUACUAAAUGGUAAAAGGCGUGAAAUUCCUGUCACGCCUCCUGAACGCGAGCUGCAGUGAUGUUAUUACAGUCCCUCUAUUUUUCUCGCUUCCUCCCAGCCGCCCCCCGCCCCCUAAGUAGUUUUGACACUCAUGCAAGUUGGCAGCCCGUAACAGAAAGCGCUCAAUCUCGAUGAUCUUACGGAAAAAUAGAGGACUGUGAACAGUCUAUCUUUAACAGUAAGCUCGGUCUUCACACGUGAAAGAUCAGUGCAGUUGUUAACGCAACUGUGCGUGAAAAAGCCAAAAACAAACAAACAAACCAACAAACCCGGAAGGUAACGUACGGGGACGUCACUGGCUGCCACUAUUGGUGUAUUCAUGAACUUAUUGUUAUCCUCCCACCCCGUGCUAUGUAUGAUUAGUGAAACAAAAGAGGCGGUAGACCACACCACCUGGGAAACAUUUCCGAUUCUUUUUCAACAAUAGUGGCAGUUGGUUGUUUUACAACACUGUGCGAAAGUAAUGAUAUCAAAUUUCUCCGAAUUCCGUCAAUAUUCACUAAUUUCGAGAGGGAAUAUCGCUAAAAUUUCGGUGCAUCUAUUGUCGGCGAAAUUUCGCGCAAUGAGACGAAAUGGGACGAAAAUUUGGCUCAAAACGAAGGUUCAGUACUGUUCGUCCACUUUUGAUGAACUAUUAAUGAGAGGAAGGAUGAAGGAAGUAAGGCCAAAGGCUUAGAAAUAAUGAUAAGAAUUUAAGAAUUUAUAACGCGCAGAUGUCUAUGUGACUAUAAUCAAAUCCGCGAUAUUAUGAUUGCCUUUUCCAAUUUUUAACGCCAGUUCCCGAUCGUCUGUCUGGCCUGAGGCAAGGUCUUAAACAGACAGCAGAGUGGCAUUUUCUUUUGAUAAUGAACUCUGUGACCGGCCGGGAUUUAUACCCGGUCCUCCCACAUGCCGCAUACCAACUGCUUUAUUUGGCUGAAAUAAGGCUCAUACGAGAAACAGACAAACCAAACGACACACAAAAAUAGGCACGGAAAGUUUAAAUGAUAAUAGGAAAUGAUAACUGUAGUUUGACCUGUUUAUAUAAUGGUCAUCCUCGCCCGGUAUGUAAGAGACUUGCCGCCUAAUGAAGGUGGUCGCUCAAUAAAAUAUCACAAAAACUACCCGCUGAGUGUGGCCGUCGAAACGCAAUUAACUGAUAGUCUUCAUAGAAGAACACUUCAUUCAAUUCUUCAUUCUAUCAAACUAUAAUGCGGCUGAAUCAACGUCCUUUCAGGCGAACUAUACCAGGGGCGACCCUGAUCUGUAUUGAUCUUUUACUUUCUAUUCUUUUAACAAAGUUGCUAACUUGUAAACGUAACAGGGAAAUAAACUUACCAUUAUCAUACAGCACUAUCCGUUAUCCUGCCUGCCAACCAGACAGUGUUUGCGAGCCCCGACGCUCACACCGAAAUUUCUCAUUCCUUCAUUACUUUCUUACAUUUACGAGUGGUCGCUAGUUAACACAGGCAAAAAUAACAAGAAAGGCAAAACAUGGGCUGCAAAGGGGUGAUUGAGGUCGCUUUAUAAAGGUGACCACUUGUUAAAGAUGACGAUUACAAUGUUUGUACUGUAUGCAGGGAAGUUCGGAGCUUUGAGAACAACUCGCUAAUACAGUUAAAACGAACAACUAGACAAAACGUACAGGAAAGGCACAUGAAAAAACAAACAAACAUAUUAAAAGGCACGAGACAAACGUUGUUUGUGAUUACGUUUGUUUGUUUUUGUUUUUACAGAGUGACUCCAGCGUGUGCUCUGACAUUCGUGGUAUACGAAAACGUCAUCCAUUUUCUUAUGCUGUCCAGCUAA